UCCCAUUGGCUCAGCGGCGCGUCGAUAUACUGCAUCGAGGCCAUCCAUUGCGAUUUCAGGCAGAGAGAGGGAGAGAGAAGGGUAAAAUGAGUAAUGUGUCAACGCUGAAUUUGUGCUCGGAAUGAGAGACAUCCGGCCCCGAGCGUGACGUAGCACAGCCCGGAGAGCAGCGUUUAAUGCGCAGGAAGUCUACAUCGAACCGCCGUAGUGCCGCCAUAGCAGGUGGCGCCGUUCGUGUAAUGGUGCAGGCUCGCAGCUUCUUCGCCGCCUGAUCCGAGCGUCCUUUCAGCACUGGACAGCGAUCGGGAGGGACCACCGCACCACAGCAACGGCGAGGAGGUCCUGAGGCGAGUCCUCCCUUCUUCCAUAGUCAGUCCGACCCUCUCUUGGCUCGGGGCAAUACGUGUCUCGAUGACUUCACUACAUCACCAAGCUCCGCGGUAUCCUGGACUAAUAUAGCAACGCCACAUCCCCUCCUCCAUCUCUCUUUCUUUCUAUCCCCCCCCCACCCCCGUCUGUCCUCUCUCUCUCUCUCUCGCUCUCUCUUUCUCUCUCCAAUCGCUGAUCCCUCCGUCCAAAGGCACCAUGGGAAACCGUGGCAUGGAGGAACUGAUCCCGCUGGUCAACAAGCUGCAGGAUGCAUUCAGCUCCAUCGGCCAGGCGUGCAACCUGGACCUGCCGCAAAUCGCGGUGGUGGGCGGCCAGAGUGCAGGAAAAAGCUCCGUGCUGGAGAACUUUGUGGGCAGGGACUUUCUGCCCCGCGGAUCUGGCAUUGUCACUCGCAGGCCGCUGGUUCUGCAGCUUAUCAGCGCUACUGCAGAAUGGGCCGAAUUCCUCCACUGCAAAGGGAAGAAGUUCACGGAUUUCGAUGAGGUCCGCCAGGAGAUCGAAGCCGAGACGGACCGUGUCACCGGUGCCAACAAAGGCAUAUCUCCCGUGCCCAUCAACUUACGCGUGUAUUCCCCAAAUGUGUUGAACUUGACCCUCAUCGACUUGCCGGGGAUCACCAAGGUACCGGUCGGAGACCAGCCCGCUGACAUCGAGCAGCAAAUCCGGGAGAUGAUCAUGCAGUUCAUCACCAGGGAGAGCUGCCUGAUCUUGGCCGUCACUCCGGCCAACACCGACCUGGCCAACUCGGACGCCCUUAAACUGGCCAAGGACGUUGAUCCUCAAGGUCUGCGGACCAUCGGAGUGAUCACCAAACUGGAUUUGAUGGACGAGGGCACAGAUGCCCGUGAUGUGCUGGAGAACAAGCUGCUGCCACUGAGAAGAGGCUACAUUGGAGUGGUGAACCGCAGUCAGAAGGACAUCGAUGGGAAGAAAGAUAUCAAAGCAGCUCUGGAGGCGGAGCGAAAGUUCUUUUUCUCUCAUCCGGCCUACAGGCACAUAGGGGAUAAAAUGGGCACCCCGCGCUUGCAGAAAGUGCUCAACCAGCAACUGACCAACCACAUCCGAGACACUCUGCCAGCUUUUCGCAGUAAGCUGCAGUCCCAGCUGUUGGCUCUGGACAAAGAGGCCGAGGAAUACCGGGGAUACCGACCGGAUGACCCGUCCCGCAAAACCAAACAGCUGUUGCAGAUGGUGCAGCAGUUCUCUGUGGACUUUGAGAAGCGGAUCGAGGGUUCAGGAGACCAGGUGGACACAGUGGAACUCUCAGGCGGAGCCAAAAUCAACCGCAUCUUCCAUGAGCGUUUCCCAUUUGAACUGGUCAAGAUGGAAUGUGAUGAGAAGGAGAUGCGUCGUGAGAUCAGUUACGCCAUCAAGAACAUCCACGGAAUCAGGACGGGGCUGUUCACUCCAGACAUGGCGUUUGAAGCCAUUGUGAAGAAACAGAUCAUCAAGUUAAAGGAGCCUUGUGUCAAGUGCGUGGACAUGGUCAUCCAGGAACUCAUCAACACUGUUCGCCAGUGUUCCAACAAGUUGGAAUGUUUUCCGAGACUACGGGAAGAAACGGAGAGAAUUGUGACUUCUCACAUCCGUGACAGAGAGAGUCGGGCGAAGGAACAGGUUCUGCUGGUGAUUGACAUUCAGCUCUCCUACAUCAACACCAACCACGAGGACUUCAUCGGCUUCGCAAACGCACAGCAGAGAAGCAGUCAAACUAACAAGAGUCAGAGUUCCGCGACAAAUCAGGUCAUCCGCAAAGGCUGGCUGACCAUCAACAACAUCAGCAUCAUGAAGGGAGGAGCCAAGGAGUACUGGUUUGUGCUUACCGCCGAGAGCCUCUCCUGGUUCAAGGAUGAUGAGGAGAAGGAGAAAAAGUACAUGCUCCCCCUGGACAACCUGAAAGUCCGCGACGUCGAGAAGAGUUUCAUGUCCAGCAAGCACAUCUUCUGCAUUUUUAAUACGGAGUCAAGGAAUGUGUACAAGGACAAUCGGACUCUGGAACUGGCUUGCGACUCGCAGGAUGACGUGGACAGCUGGAAGUCUUCUCUGUUACGUGCCGGCGUCUACCCUGAGAAGACCACCACGGUCGAGAGUGAGUCGUCCACCACCACCUCGGAUAACUUCUCCAUGGACCCUCAGCUGGAGCGGAAAGUGGAAACUAUCCGUAACCUGGUGGACUCCUACAUGGCCAUUGUGAACAAGUGCAUUCGAGAUCUCAUGCCCAAGGCCAUCAUGCACCUCAUGAUCAAUAAUGUCAAGGAGUUCAUCAAUGCCGAGCUGCUGGCCCAGCUGUACUCUGCAGGUGACCAGAAUGCCCUGAUGGAUGAGUCCCAGGAGCAGGCCCAGAGGAGGGAUGAGGUGCUGAGGACCCACCAGGCCCUCAAAGAGGCCUUGGCGAUCAUUGGGGAUAUCUCAACCACCACCAUCACCGUUCCUCUGCCACCCCCGGUUGACAACUCCUGGGUCGGGGGAACAAGCGGUGGUCGCAGGUCUCCUCCUCCAAGUCCCACCGCCCCAAGGAGGAUGUCUGCGGGCCAGCGCCCGGCACCUCGAGGAGCCCCACCACCACCAAACCGUCCCGGUCCCUUGGGGCCCUUCAAUAACAGUGCUGAGAGCCCCCAGGCUCCCAGCCGCCCAAAUCGAGCCCCCCCAAGCAUUCCCAGUCGACGACCACCACCAUCGCCGACAAGACAAGUACCGCCAUAAUCAUCCACAGGGGGUCGCCCUUCUUCUUCCUCGCUUCUCUCUUAGCCAUGGCUCUGCUGCCCCGCCCACUCAUUAGUGAAAAUCGUGACUCCCCGCCGAUAUCCCGCCGGUCGACCAUCUCCAUGUAUCUAUGUACAGUAUUGUACUUGUCUUGUGGUGUGUGUUUUCGUGCGCUUGUUGCUCGCCUGUGGUCCAGGUAUGCUCCAGCAGAACCACAUCCUAGUAUCAUCCAGCGAAACCUCUUCCCGACCCUUCGCCAAGUCAGCCGCCGCCGGAUGUUGCUGCUUCGACAUGACGACAAGCCGACGUGCUGCCGUCUUCAUUCCAAAAUGCAGCAUGGCACAUAAGCUGCUUUUAUUGCAUGGGAGUGUAUGUGUGUGAAUGUCCUUUGCGCGUACGGGGGAGGGGCUAAUUUGCCGAGAUAUACACUCGAAUUCAUUUAGUAUUUAUUUAAUGUACGCUCCUCCCAUAAGUGUUAAUUAUAAGCCUACUGUUCUCGAUAGGAACACGAGUUGUAAUCUUAGUAUGUGCGCGUAAACACGCGUUUUGUUUGUGUGCAAGUAAUACUGUGUGUUGCUGCGAGGACACAUUAUGCAUACGCAGUCCUUCUGCACGUUUGUUGCCGUUUCAGUUCAUUUUGUUUUCACGUUCAAAGAUGUUUAUGAUGACUCAUCAACCCUCGGGCUGCACUUACUAUUGGACUUUUGUGAGAUGUUUGUGUGCUGUAGUAGCAUUCGUACACACAUUGCGAGGCGGAGGAGCACCGUGAGUAAUUCUCUAUAUGACACAGAAUCAAUACGACAUUUAACCUCGUCAUAGGUGUCCACCUGUGCUGUAUCAAAGGUCAAAGUUGUGACCCUUGACACCUUAAGCUCAAAUUCAGAUGCUGACUGCUUUCGUGGCUGCAACCCUCCGAGAUGUUUAGCUGCGGAUUAACAAACGGCAUGAUUUGACAUCUUCCCUUUUAGUCUUGAUCUCAGGUUUGAAACAUGCAACGAACUUAAUGCACACGAAAGACGAGCACUCGUAUUUGUUCAACUCCCCAGAAUCCUUUCUUUUUUCCCCAGACACUCGUGUCAGUCAGUCAGCAUCUGUGUUCGAUCUUAAGCAGCUCUUGUCAGUGUUCAAGUGCUUCUCUGUCAGUUUGUUCAUGUGUAUAUGGUCCUAAACUGUGUUCUGGUUCUGCUGUAUAUAAGUAUUGAUAAGGAAAAUACUGUACCUGUGGACUCUUAAGACCUCACAAUGGAUCCUAGCGCUUUAAUGGUUCUCUCUGUUCAUUCAACAUCGAAUUUAGACUGCCUUUGCGGCAUGAAUUACAAUUCUAUAUUGCCAAAGCUAAAUAUAUAAAGAGAAUCGCAGAGUAUUAAAAGAAAACUAAAGAACAAUGACUGAUUCCAUUUGUGGUAAGAUGUUUGUCAGAGAGCUUAAUGGAAAAUUGCAUCUAUUGUUAUUUUCUGUGUCUCUGUAUUGUUCCUCAAUUAAAAAAAAAAGUCGUACUUCGCAAUAGUGUUCAUUGGUUUCACCAAUAGGCCAGCAGAUGUGCUGGUGAAACACAACAAAAGUAUAAUUGUUAUUCUUAAACAUUGGUCUGACGGUUACCGAUGUGUAAUUUCAUCAUCUGGAAACAUUUGAAGAUACAGUGUCAGAUUAGAAAUAAAAAUACACACACAUGCACAUGCUGA